AUGGUCCGUUUCGCGACUCCGCUCCUGGCCCUUUCGGCCCUCUCGGCCACCGCACUUGCGGCUACCACCACGACUUGCAGCACCAGCAGCCAGUGCCCGGAGGACAAACCUUGCUGCUCUCAGUAUGGCGAGUGUGGUACCGGCGCAUACUGUCUCGGUGGUUGCGACAUUCAAUCCUCCUUCUCGAUCGAUUCUUGCGCCCCCAUGCCCGUCUGUGAGAGCAAGAGCUACACCUGGGACAACCUCGACAACUCCAUCUUGAACACCAAGUACCUGGGCAAUGCCAGCGCCGCCGACUGGACCUACAGCGGCUUCCCCAAGACGGAGGAUGGCAACCUGCUCAUGACCAUGCCCAAGAACUCGGUCGGUACACUCUUCGCCAACAACCACUACAUCUGGUACGGCAAGAUCAGCGGCAAGAUCAAGUCCUCCCGCGGCAAGGGUGUUGUGACUGCUUUCAUCCUGCUCUCCGACGUCAAGGAUGAGAUCGAUUACGAGUGGGUUGGUGCCGACUUGACCGCCGUGCAGACCAACUACUACUGGCAGGGUGUUCUCGACUGGCACAACAGCGCCAACGCUUCCGUCAGUGACCAGGACACCUUUGACAACUGGCACACCUACGAGAUCGACUGGCAGCCCGACCAAACUCAGUGGAUCAUCGACGGUCAGGUCAUGCGUACCCUGAAGAAGUCCGACACCUGGAACUCCACUGCCAACCGCUUCCAGUACCCUCAGACCCCCGCUCGCCUGCAGAUGUCGCUCUGGCCCGCCGGCCAGCCCAGCAACGCCCAGGGUACCAUCGACUGGGCUGGUGGUGAGAUUGACUGGGACAGCCAGGAUAUCAAGGAGAAGGGCUACUACUACGCGACCAUCGGCCAGGUUGAUGUGACUUGCUACUCUCCCCCCUCGGGCACUCAGCAAACCGGCAACAACUCUUACAUCUACACCUCCGAUGCGGCCUUGGUCAACAACAUCGCCAUCACCAACAACUCCACUGUCCUCGGCUCCCUCGGUGCGACUGGUCUGGACAUGACCCUUGGUGCCAACAGCAGCAGCAGCAGUGCCACCUCCACUGGCAGCGACAGCGUGCCCACCAACAACGGUGGUGCUGGUGGCAUGGCUAGCAACAGCACUACCAGCACUGGCUCUGGCUCUGGCACCUCGAGCGGUACUAGCAGUGCCUCUACUGCCAGUGGCACUGGUUUCAGCCAAGGCACCGACACCACCACCAAGGGUAAUGGUGCCCCUGCUCAGGGUGAGCGUGUCCUGCGUGGCUCGCUCUUCGCAGUCCUCGUGGCUGUGGUUGUUCUGGUGACGCUGUAA